GCUUUCUCAAGAGCGUUCCCCCGCGCUAGCCUCAGCCAUGGUGAUGUUCAAGAAGGUGAAGACCUUCCUGAUGGCCUUCAGCGAGCCUGAGAAGGUCUACUGCAGCGGGGAGAAGGUGGCCGGGCGCGUGUUGGUGGAGGUGGCCGAGGUCACUCGCGUCAGCGCCGUCAGGUUGCUGGCCUGCGGGGUGGCCAAAGUCAACUGGGCCAAGGGCCCCCAGCAGUGCCGGCAGGAGAUGGAGUACCUGCGCUUCGAGGACGUCCUCGCCCUGGAGGAGCAGCCCACGGAUGGGGACGGAUCUGUAAUCCUGAGACCCGGGAACAAAUACGAGUACAAAUUCGGAUUCGAGCUUCCCCAGGGGCCUCUGGGUACCACCUUCAAGGGAAAGUACGGCUGCGUGGAUUAUUGGGUGAAGGCCUUCCUGGAGCGCCCGUCCUUUCCCACUCAGGAGAUAAAGAAGCGCUUCGAGGUUAUGGAUCCUGUUGAUGUGAACACUCCAGAAUUGCUGUCCCCGGUUGCUGCCAAGAAGGAGAAGAAGGUGUCCUGUAUGUUCAUUCCUGAUGGACGCGUGUCGGUCAGCGCUCAAAUCGACAGGAAAGGCUUUUGUGAAGGUGACGAGAUCUGCAUCAACGCCGACUUCGAGAACACUUGCUCCCGCAUUGUGGUGCCCAAAGCGGCCAUCGUCGCCAAGCACACCUACCUGGCCAACGGGCAGACCAAGGUCUUCACCCAAAAACUCUCCUGCGUCCGAGGCAACCACAUCAUCUCGGGCAUGUCCGAGUCCUGGCGGGGCAAAACCAUCCGCGUCAAGAAGCUCAAACCGUCCAUCUUGGGCUGCAACAUCCUGCGCGUGGAGUAUUUCCUGCAGAUCUACGUCAGCGUCCCGGGCUCCAAGAAGAUCAUCUUGGAGCUGCCCCUUGUCAUCGGCAGCCGCUCGGGCAUCGGCAGCCGCAGCUCCAGCAUGGCCAGUCAGACCAGCUCCGAAAUGAGCUGGGUGGACUUGAACCUCCCCGAUGCUCCGGAAGCACCCCCGUGCUACCUGGACAUCGUUCCCGAAGACCACCGCCUGGAGAGCCCCACCACUCCCCUCCUGGAGGAUCCCGAAAGCUUUGACAGCCCCAUCUUCAUGUACGCUCCGGAGUUCAAGUUCAUGCCACCACCCACCUACACGGAGGUGGACCCCUGCAUCGCUAACAACAACAUGCAGUGAGCGCCGAGGAAAAAGUUACUCUCCCGCUUUUUCCGGACUCUUAAUCCGCCGUGAUGGACGCCUUGCGAGCAGCGCCCGGGCCUCGGGUCUAGGAGCCCUGCUGCAGGAGGAGCGGCCGCUCGAAGGGCAACCCCCGGCUCUGCUUGGCGAGCGUGGAAGAGGCGAUGAGGUGUACGAGUCUUUUGCGUUCCCUCGCGUGCUGGCUGUACCGAGAAACCCUGCUGCGGCUCAGGGGUGGGUUUGGACCUCGCUCACAGCCAGUGUCUUCCAAAAAAAAAAACAAAAACCAAAACCCCAAACUACCAAGGUGCUUACGUGGAAACCGCCAGGAGAAUCUUGAGGUGGAGCAGGGGCGGUGUAAAGGCCUCGCCCGCCUCCUUUACAAACCCUGAGGGGAGGCAGAUUCCAGCCUAAAAAGACUUUAAAAAAAAAAAAAAAAAGACAGUUAUGUCAAGAAACGGCCGUCGUGAUGCCUUCAACCCGAAAACACCGUCCUGGGGGACGGGCGCGACCUGUUUGUUCGGUUCGGUGUCCGAGAGCGCGCGUGCGGGGACUGUAACUAACCCCCUUCCUCCGACGGCGGGGUUGGCGUCGCUCUCGCCCCAAACGCCCUUUUCAUUUCGGAGCUGCCCGGCGGCGGGCCGUCCUGCCCCCGCUCCGGCGGCCC